ACACUAGUUUAUCUGUUGAUAAGUCAAGAAUACUGCACUUCAUUUUCGCUAUUCAAGUGGUCAACAAGAAUCAGAGGGUCCUGCACAAUCUCACACUUGGCUACAAUGUUCAUGACAACUAUUUGAGCACAAUUGGUACUUCAGAUGCCUUGCUGGACAUGCUCUCUACUGGAGAAGCCAAUGUUCCCAACUACAGCUGUGGAAGGAAGGACAAUCUUUUGGCUCUUCUUGAUGGAGCUAAGAGGGAUAUCUCCAGCCAGAUGUCAACAUUAAUAGGCACCUACAAAGUCUCUCAGAUCAAUUGUGCAUUUGGUUCAGAAGCUCUGAAGGAAAAAAGUCAAUUCCCCUUUCAUCAUCAGCUUUUACCCAAAAAAGGGUUCUUCUACCAAAGAACUAUCCAAGUGCUCCUGCAUUUCAAAUGGACCUUGAUUGGUCUCUUUGCUUCAGACACAGAGGAGGGAGAGCAUUUCAUGAGGACAUUGGCUCCUACGCUUGUCAGGAAUGGAAUUUGUAUUGUUAUAUCUCAACAAUUCUCAACAACUGGAAAUACAGCACCCAUCAGGGAGGCCAUCUCUAAGUGGAGACAAGUCAAUGUCUAUGUUCACUUCAUAGAAUUUGUUUCCCUUUCGGACAGAAUUCUUCCUUUCCAUUUAACACUUGGGCAUUUGCCAGGACCUGUUGAAGGGAAAAUCUGGAUCAUGGCAACUUAUGUGGAUUGCCCAGUUAAAAAUAGUAAAAUUCUCAGAUUUGUCCAUAGUAUUUGGAACUUUGCUUUACAGGUUAGAAAAAGGAGAAAAGAUUAUGGCUUUGAACCAGGUCUCUUUCUGGAACGCAGAUAUGAAGAUAAGUCCUUUCGCUGUUCUUUUUCCAAGCACAUCUUUUCUGUCAAAGGACGAAGAAGAUGCACCCAGAAAUCACCACUGGAGACCCAAAAGAAAAGGAACAGUAUCUGGAUGCCCAAUGACUCCUAUAUUUACAGUUUCAUUUUGACUCUGGCCCAUGCCUUGAAUGCAGCAUAUUUAUCUGUAUCACAGAGGAGAAGAAAGGAGAGUAAAAAUAUAUUUGGGGCACCAAGGCUACAACCAUGGCAGUUCCAUCCCUUUCUGGCUAAGAAUGAAUUUUGGAAUUUUUCCCGAGACAAACUGUACUUGAAACCAAAUGGAGAUGUAGAAGGAGAUCUGAUGAUCAGGAUCUGCAGGGCUUCUGCUAAGGAUAAUUCUGUACUUGAAAAAGUGGAGAAUUUUGAUAGACAGAUACUUAUUAACAACCAGGAUGCUCUUUCACAGCUAAAAUUCCUCAGGAAGUCUCUGCCUGAAUCCAAAUGUGGAGAAAAUUGUUAUCCUGGAUUUGUCAAACGGGUUCGAGAAGGAGAGCCAGUAUGCUGCUAUGACUGUGUUCCUUGUCCGGAAGGGACCAUCUCCACUCAGGAAGGUGGUUGACCAAAAAAUAAAAUUUAAAAAGGAGUGGGGAGAGGCAGGCCUCAUGCUAGUGAAUUUAUCCAGAGCAUGUUUAUGAAAGUGCAAAUUAAAAGGCAGAUUGCAGUUCCACUAUUUUCUAAUUUAUUUUUAAAUUGCACAACUGUAUAUCUCAAUGGAAGAAGAACAAAGCAAGCUUGAAGGAGGGACCGGGAAGAAAUAGGGGUGUGUGGCAGAUUUGGCAAGCUUUACUAGUGCCAGAUAAAAUAUCUCUUCUGUUUUUUUGGUUUGGAUGUCCCAUUCCAUGUUUAUCUGAGAACAUUUGAGUUCUUUGAAACUUGAGGAAUGGUCUUACAUCAACUCUCUGGAAGAAGAUUUUUUUUACAAUGGCCUCCCCUUGAGGAUUACUGAGAAGAUGCCACUGCUGCACAAUGAGAUGGUGUGGAUAUUUAUGAGUGCCCUUCAGUGGUGGGAUUCUUUUUUUUUGCUCCCAGUU